CUUGCUGCGCGUUUGCCAUCGACCGUCGCAUUCGAAGUUGAACCUCCGUGGAAUCGAGAUCGGCCAGGACGGAGUGAGCAGUUUGGGUAACGUGUCGUGCAAGAAGAGCCAAGAGUGGUGAAAGGCAGGAGUGCUAGAGAGAGAGCGAGAAGAGGAAUAGAGAAGCGUUACUACCAUCUGCAAGCAAGCGAGUGUGAAGAGAAAAGGAGGAGGAAGAAGCAAACAACAAGAAAACCCCGUGAUUCGAAAGUUGAACGUGCUCUUAUCCAACUAAACACACGCACACAUAACUUGCUCCCAACCCAGGCCCAAACCAACAUCGUCAUCAUCAGCUGCCCCCCCUCGGAGUGAACGGAAGAAGAAAUUGUGCUCAUUCCACGGUCUUCUUCUUCUGCCGUUUUGGCCUCUGUACAAUCGAGGUUACCACACGAGGACGGUGUGUGCCAAAACGAGGUGAGGUUUUUUUCUUCGCCAAAGAGAGAGCGAGCCAGCGCGAGCGGAAAAGAAAAAGCGGAAAUCGUGCGUGCGUGCGUUUAUCUGUGUGUGUGUGUUUGUUACGACGUUAUUUUUCUACGCCGUGACGUUGUCACUCUUGACUGUAUGUGAUCGAUACAUCCAGCAGCAGCAGUAGCAGCAGCAGCUUGCUAGCAAAUCCCGUUCAAUCGUGUCUAACAAAGCAACCGACGAAAAGUUGCAGCAGGAAGCGAAGCAAAAAAGAAACCUUGUGAUUUUUUUUUCUUGUUCCUGCGUGUUACCAACACUCGCUCGCCCCCCACCUUCCAGCCCGUGCGCGCGUCAUCAAGGCAGGCAAAAACGUGUUACAAAGCAGGCGCAGCUGCCGCCGUGUAUGUGUGUACGUGUGUGUGUGUGUGGUUAGCAAAUCAACCAAUAGAGAGAGUGGCGAAGCGCACCAAUACUACCUGGAUCUCACGUACAGUACAGUACGCAACAGCGAAAUUUGCCCUUCUAUUUUUUCGCCGUACCUGUGUGUGUGUAUCGGUCGUGCGUGUGUGUGUGUGCGCGUUUCGUUUUUGCAACAUCAUCAUCAGUAAAGCAGAGAAACGAGCAGCUUCAGCAGCAGCAGCAGCUUUUAUAUUUCCCUGUGUGAACGUGUGUACACAAUCGAAGUGCGUACACGUACGUACGCGUAAAUGAGUCUGUGUGCGUUUGUGUUAUAAUCCAUUUCGAUUGCUUUUUCGCCGUAAAAGUGCAAAAGUUGCGUGCGUGCGUGUGUGUGUGCGUUGUACGUCGAGCGACGACGACCAUCUUUGCCAAGCGCUUUUCGAUACGGGCCUGCAGCUGUGUGCGUGCGUGCCUGCCCUGGGUGCUGCGUAACCAACACGGACAGAACCGGAGUGUGCGUUAUAGCUAGUGACGAAAGCAUUUACCCCCGUUGUGCGUGUGUGUGCGUUUGUGUGUGUGUGUGCUGCGUACGUGUGUUUGACGAAGCAGGAAGCGCUGUAAUCCCCCAAACACACAUCCACACACACAGCUAAUACCUGAAAGCGUUACCAACACAGCUACACGUUGCCCUUGUUCAGCCCUGGGCUUGAGCUACACAAACGCAGCUUUUUGGAAGCAGCAGACGACCAGCCGAGACGUGUGCGUGCACACGAAAACAUCCCGUGCCUGUGAAGUGUGUGUUUGCGUUUUCGUGUAUGCUUCAAGGAUUAGUACAGUUGUGCCCGAGUUGUGUGCCACGUUAGAGAGACCCCCAGACCACCAGGGUCGAUUGUGCUCUAUCGCGUCCGCGUUGGUGUGCGUACACAAUAGCGCACCCCAGUCAACCCCACCACCACCCCUCCCCGUUUCGUUGUUGCCCGGGCUCACAGCUCUGAAUGUACGCAUCAGCACCGUGUCCGUACGCGCACAAGGUGUUAACGAACGCAGCAACCACUCGCCAGCAGUUGAAGGACAUUGCGGAGCGAACCGCCGUACCGUUAGCAACAUCCACACAGUGACAUCCCACCACCACCACCCACCAACCACCACCGUGCGAACAUGAGGAUAGAGGUGAAUUCGGCCGCCGACUUUCUGAUGAACCUGCUGCGGGUUCGGAAGGCGAACCAGCUGUCGGAGAGCCAGCUGCAGCACUUCAAGGGCUCGCUGGAACAGAUACUGACGCGCCAUUUCCAGUGCCACUGGUACCCGGACGUGCCGACCAAGGGUUCCGGCUUCCGCUGUCUGCGGAUCAACGGCAAGAUGGAUCCGAUCAUCGAGAAGGCGGGCCACGCGGUCGGGCUGAACACGGUCGUGCUGCGGAAGCUGCUCCCGCUGGAGCUGACGAUCUGGAUCGAUCCGGACGAGGUGUCGUACCGGAUCGGGGAGAACGGGACGAUCUGCGUGCUGUACGAUACGGCCCAGAGCCGGGCCAGCCCCUCGUCCGACCUGGACUCGACCGGCAGCAGUAGCGGGAUGGCGUGCGACGAGUUCAUCAUGGAGCGGGUCGGCCGGCUCGACCUGUCCGUGUCGUCGGUGGACAGCGGCAACGGUAGCGGUGGCGGCGGUGCCAUGAUGGUCGACUACCACCUGGAGCAGCACAGCGUCAGCACCAAGUCGCACCAGCAGCAGCACCAGCACCAGCACCACAACAAGUACAAUCACAACAACAACCAAUCGAACAACAACCACCAUCAGCAGCAUCAUUACGCGAAGCAGCGCCACAGCAACAGCAUGAGCUCGUCGUCCAGCGGACAGACCAGCCCACCGCUGAGCCCACCGUACGGUGCUGCCGCCGGCGGUUUCCUCAACCACCAGCAAAAUCUCGCCAGAUACCAGCAGCAGCAGCAUCCCCAUGGACCGCACCAGCAGCAGCAGCAGCACGGUGGCAACAACUUUUACCCAUCCCAGCCCCAGCAGUACUUCCCCUGGGACAACCAGUUCGUCAACAACAAGGUGCGCACCCAAUGUUAAGCCAGUCGACGGGUGUGAAGCAGGAGGUUAGGAGAAGGAGAGCUGCGAGGCGCGCGUAUCUUUCGCGCUUUCUCACACCGAAGCGUGGCGCUCUCUCCCUCGGACCCGACGCAGCAGCAGAAGCAGCAGUGGAGAAGGGCGCGGCGGAAUGUGAUCGAUCAACAGUGUGUGUGUAUGCCCUGUUGUAAUAUGGCGGGGGCCGAAAGUGGUUCAAGUUGUAAAUUGAUUUUGCGAUAGAGAGAGAGAAAGGGUGAGAGAGGGAAAAAAGAAAACAUGGAAGCUUAAUAAUGCUGGCAAAGCUGAAGAAGAAGAAAAUCGGAGAGCACCACCCCGAAGCUGUCCUUAGAAGACGUGUGGUUGUAUGUGUGUAUGAAUGUGUGUGUGAUCCUGCCCGGUCUUCUCGCGUACGUAUGUCCCUUUGGUGGUGCGUAUUUUGUUGUGCGUACGUGUGUGUCCUCUUCUGUUGCGUUGCGUGCGCGUCGAUCGUGUUGUGUGAGUGAGAGGCAAGAAGAGUCAAACAAAGGGGGGCGGCGGCAGAAGAACAACAGGAUCCAAAAGUAGUGUAACCACCACCAAUCUCUACAUAAUACCACCCCCACCUGUGUGUACAAAUGCAAGCAAACAAAAGAAGAGGAAGAAGAAGAAAGUGCGUCUGUGUGUCCUGUGUGUGUACAAAGAGAAUAUCCAUUGUGCGUUGCUUUCUGUUUGUGUGUGUACACGGAAGAAAAUUGUGAAUGCAGCCACAUUGAUGCAAACACACACACACACACGAGCGCCCCAAACACACAUACACACACACAGGCGCAAAAUCUCCAGCAGUCGACGACAACACCACCCCACAUUGAAGCAGGCGUUGAAGUCUGUUUUUCCCCAAAUUGCCAUCAUCAAACAAAGAAAUGCGCGUGUCUGUAUUGUAGUGUGUGAGCGCAUGUUGCGUCGGUGUGUGUGUGUGUGGGUGUGUGUGUAUGUAAAAAAUCCUGGAAUGGGGCUGCUGUGUAACGUGCGUGUGAUAAGAGCUAGAAGGGAAAAGAUCCGGAAUGAACGAGCGGAAGCAGCGGAGAGAGAUGGAGAGAGAGAGAGAGAGAGAGUUCCUACAUGAUAUAUAAUUGUUUUUUAAAUAAGGCGACAUGUUUUGUGUGAUGAGUGAACGCGCGGGUACCUUAUCGAAUAGUUGUAGUAGUAGUAGUGGUAGAGAGAGAUAGAGAGAAAGCGACACACAAAGCAACCCGCACCGCCACACCACGUACACGCACAGACGACGUACAACCGAACAGUGCAAAAUACACCCAUUGUUUUGGGAACAAUAGAUCUUCGAGUGAUCCAGAAGAGGAAGGCGCACGAGCACGCACGCACACUCACACACACUGUGAGAGAAGGAAGCUGUGUGUGUGUGUGCAAAUGACGACGAGUGAAGAAGGAGCAAGAGCGAGAGAGAGAGAGAGAGAGAGAGAGAGGGAGCGAAACGGAUGAUCUUCAGCAACUAGCGCCGCGCGCUCGACAUCGUUUACUUUGAUGCCCGCCGCGUGUGAUUAACCUCCUUGUUUUUUUUUAAAUGUUGUUAUUCUCCAAAAAAGAAAACACCCCUCCCCCUCCCACCCCCCUGUACUACAUGACCCCGUCACACUACCACCCUCCCUACACACUACCCCGCCGCAUCCAUCACAAUCAUCUGCUGCUGCGCGGGGGUUGAAGGAGAGAGCAUUAAAGUGGUGUGGAGAGCAAUAGGAUAUAAGAAGAGGAAGAAGAAGAAGCGAGAGAGCAUGUGUGUGUGUGAGAAAGCGAGGAAGAAGGAGGUGGUGUGUUGUGCGACGCAUUUCAAUUGUGAUCAAUAUUAAUUUCAAAACAAAUAUGCACACACACACUCACUCACACACACACACACACAUAUACGCGUGUGCGAAAGAUAAACCGUCUUUAAUAAUAUACCAGUAGGCAGCGGAAGAGAAAGAUGUGCAGAAAAUCGAGUCAUCAAUAUAACAGAACAAGAAGAGAAAGAAGAAGCGUAUACACAUGCACACACAAGAAGAAACAUCACUCUUGGUGUGGUGUGUAUUUGUAAAAGUGUGCGCGCGUGCGACAAAAAAUGAAAAAUUGAAAAUAUGAAUUGGUAAAGAGAAGAAAAGCGUUUGAGUAAGAGCAGGAACAGGAGAAGAGUACAAGCAAAAGAAAACACAAGUGAGCGAAAAUGAAAGAAAAAAAAGAAGAAAAAGAAAACAACAACUAUGAACAAAAAAAAAACUGCAACAAAACAACAAGAAACGAAACGUAAAAAUGUAAAAUCCCCCUCCCAAUAUUAUGAUGAUGAUGAUGAGGAUGAUGCGUGUGUGAUUCGCUCGUGACUGCAUGAAAGCUACAUUUGUAAGAGCGUUUGAAAAGUAGAAGGCAAAAGUCAUAUGGUGUAUGUGUAUGUGUAUGAGAGAGAGAGAGAGAAGGAGAGAAAGGAAGAGGAAUGUGAAGACCAACUCUCGCCCUAACCCGGCUAAAGUAUAAAAUAUAGUUUGUAAAGAAGAGCAAACACAGCAGGCAGAAACAACAACAAAACAACAAAACCACCACCCCGUUAAACGAUACUACUUUUUUUUGGAUAUACUUUACUCCUUUUUUUUUCGCGCGCGAUAUGUGUUUGUAUGAGUUUUUAAAAGAUUGUUGAAAUUAAAGAAAAGAAGCUAAAGUAACUUCGCAUGCGCGUGGGGCGACACAUGCUACACGGAGUUGUGUCGUGCCGUAGUGAAGCAGUAGAGAUAGCGGAGAGAGAGAGGGAAGAAGGAAGGGAGCCCAUAGAAGGAGGCCCUCCAUUUUUCCGGGGAACAAAACAAACACCUAAACUCACCAACCAGUCCAAAAUAAUUACUUUAGUAAGAGAGCGUGUGUGUAAUAGUGAUUUGCAAUUUUUGUGUAUAAAAAAACAAACAAACGAAACAAAAACAAAACAACUGAUGCCAGAUUUCUGUUCUUUUGUGUAUUACACUUUUAAUAUAUCCUAUCCGGGUUUUGCAUUUCCCGAACCGCCCGCUAAACCCCUCUCCUUUUGUCGGUACGUGGAAGAUGUUUUUUUCCGGGUGUUGGUGUGAUUUUCGGUCGAUGCGAGACAGUGUUUGUCGAGUCUUUUUUGUUUGUGUUGGCUUGCGAGGAGGACGAGGACGUCUUGUUUCUUCUUUCGCAACAUCUUGAAAAUGGAAACAAAAAUCAUGUUGUAAGUCGCUCAAAAACUGACGAUUUGCUGAUUUGCGUGUCACUAUUUUUGGGCGGUACGAGAGAGAGAGAGAGAGAGAGAGUCCUUUAUUUCCACUGCCGCGGAAAAGUAUGAUAAACUGUAGUACAAAAACGCCUCGGAAGGAAUCGCACUAUGGGCGGCAUUCCCGAUUUUAUACAACAACAACAAAAAAGGAGAAAAACGCUUUCAACGAACGGCCAAAAGGAGAAGCCAAGUGGGCGGCGGAGAUCGAAGAGUGAUAGAUGUGAUAGAUAGAGAGAGAGAUGAUGGAGAGACGAAUGAUGAUUUGUCCCCCUUGAUAGCGAGUAAGCUGUGCGAGAAGCGAGUGAAUCCAGGGCGGGAAAGUGAGGAGGAGAGGGACGAUUAGUUUAGAUUAAACGUUUGUGUUUUCCUUAGUUUUUUUUUCCUUUUUUAAAGUGUAAGGUCCCAUUUCUUCCACCCUCUUCUAAUUGUCCACCCACACGACACGAAAGACCCACCCGACCCGACCCGACCGCCUGCUACUGUUGUCCCCUUAUCUGUGAAAGAGUUUCCCCAUUUUCGUGGGAACCGAUUUGAGUAUAAGUGUGUGUUUGUGUGUGGGGGGUGUGAAAGGAGGUAGGGAGGGUGGGAGUUUGUAUGGGGUCGGGAAGGAGAAAGAGCAGGGUAGAGAAGGGGGGUGAUAAGGCGCGCAUUCAACAGUCACCAGCAGCGGUAGGAGCAGCGCUGGGGUGGCAUUGAGAGAAAAAUGGCGACGAACUACAUAUUAGGGUGUAAGAAGCGAAGGGCAGCGAAGAAGAAGCAGAAGGGAGCUAAGGAGGAGAAGGAAUCGAUUGUUUAUAAAAAAAAAAACUAUAUAUGUAUACAUACGAUGAAAAAAAGGAACACUACUUUAUAUAUAUAUUUGCUUAUAAUUAUUUUGCUGUAACAAUUUUCGAAUCAAAGAAGAAAAGAAAAUAACAUCUACACUUGCAUUAAAAAAACUUAAAAAAAUCAGGCUUCUUUUUUGUUUGUUUUCUUUCCACUUAUCCGUUUUAUGUUUUUUUUCUCCAUCGUGUCAGGUUCGAUCAUCGUCACUUCAAGCCGCGGGGCCGUACGAGCACCCCCAUUCGCUUUCUUGAUUUUUCGCCUCUUUUUUCGUUCCGUGUUCGUUUUUCUUCUCCUCCGCUUCGAUCGACUCUUCCAGCAGGGCCCACACAAUACUGCUGGCUUCAGUGGCCAUCUUUAUCCGCCUCAGCGUUGUCCGCACGUGCUGUCCUCUUGGUGUGGUGCAAGGAACAGGGAAGAAGCAGGAUGAAAUGGGGCUUGUUUAUUAAAGAAAAAAACAUAGUUAAAACGAAACCAUAUUAAUCUUAAUUUUGGGAGCGGGAUUUAUUGGAACCCCUCUUGCAGGGAGGAAAUAUGCAUGCGGGGGAAAACGGGGGAAAGGCAAAUUUGCUACACGUGGAACUAAUGGUAAAAAUGGGGUUUGUGUUUUUGUGUUCGUUUUCCUUUCCUCAAUGUGUCCUAUCUUCGUAUAGGAAGCUUCCAUAGUAUUUUGAGAUUCUUCCAUAAGUUCAAUAAUGUUCAAGGCUUGCCAAUUGUUAUGGAACAUAAUCCUAAAUUUGAUUGGCUUUAGAGGUCGUCCUUCAGAAGAUUCAUUUGUGAGAACAUUCAGUUUCAAAUACUUGAUUAGACCUUUUUAAAUAAGUAAACUUAUAAGCAUAUGAGGAUCAUUUUGACGUAUUUAGUACACUGAAUUGAUUAUGUUGUACUAUCAUUUACUUUUGCUUCAAUGUCACAACCAGUAAUGGUUCAAAAUUGUUAAGAAAUACUUUUAAUCACGAAGAACCUGGGAAUGAAUUGAAAAAUAAAUUGUUGGAAAAAUAUGAAAACGCUUUAGGACGAAAGAGCCUAGCGUGAAUGAUUCUUGAAACCGCCCCGAAGGUUGCAAUCAAAUCAAAUCUUUCCAGUCAUCUUAGCUAGUCAGGAACUUCGGUUGGAGUAGUAAUGCGAUCAUCGAGCAUUGUUCGGCGAUCAUUUCUUGUCUAUCAUGCUCACGAUUUGGAGCCUUUUUGAGAAGAGAAUAUCUUGGGAUUUCGUUCAAACGCGAUAGCUCUGGGACGAUAUUAAAAUCAAGUUUUCUUUCUGGCGAAUUGAGACAUUGCACCCUGAAGGAAUGAAGGGAAAACUGGUUCAAUUUUGAUGAAGGCUUUUCGAGGCGAGAAACAAAUGUGUAACGCCGCAGCUUUUUAUUCCUCCAUUUGAGCCACAACCACAGUCGAAAGUGUGGUAGCAUCGGUGUGCCUCCUUUGUAUGGAAUUUUCACACAGCGCAUUUUCUCGCAUUUUGCUGUGCAUCUGCAUGUGUGUGUGUGUGUAGGGUUGCAUUUUUCCCAUUUUCCAACAAUAGGCAGAUGAUGCGUUUGUGUGUGCAACGUGUGCCAUCAGCACAACACCCCGAGCACAUUUCCCACACCAAUGCCUCCUGCGCCACCAACAAACACGCACCUGCACACACACACACAUACACAUACACCCAUUGCAUUGAGUGAGUCACGUAGGCUUCUCCAAAGCACAACACACACAACACACAGACACAGAGGGCCGUUUUAAAAAUAGCCCACGCAAAAGACAAAGGGCUUGGAAAUCGUGGUGGCCUCCCCCCUUGCACGCGAGACCGUGUGUUGGUUGGGUGGUGGCAUUGGUGGCGCAGGGGGCGGCCUGUGUGUUGUUUCCAGUGGCGAACAAGGUUUUCCACUCUCUCCCCCCCUCCCCCCCCCUCUCUACAGAAAAACGAAGGGCGACUGUGUGCAUACAGAGUCCUCCCCGCGCGGGUGUGUGCGCCCAACGACGCAAUAAAAGCGCGUACAUACACACACACGUACACUGCAAUCGCUUGUGGUUGAGAGGGUUGAAAAUUUGCCAAAAAAAGGCACCCCUCUUUUCGCGACUGUCUGUGUGUGUGUGUCUGUGUAGACUACGUAGACAGGCAACAACAAGGGUGUCUAGAUUGAUCUAGGCCCUAUGAUUCUUUUUUUUUUGGUUUCGCUUUGCUGUCAUCGCUUGCCAUGAUACCGUUGUUGCUGAUUAAAUAGAGCACACACAGAGCCACACACACACACAAUGUACUGUCGUUAGGGGUGCGAGAAGCGUGUACUGCUGCUGCUAGAUGAUGAUAAUGAUGAAGAUUAGAUGCUGCUGCCGACUCUUCCUCGGCAUCGCAUGCAGAAAAAAGCCGUUUUUUGUUUGGUUUCGAGUCUAUGCUCGUGUGUUUGUGUGUGCACUAGUAGCUAUGUGAGAGUGUGCUACGUGACUGAACGCACAGCCGCGUAGCUAGCACACGCACACACACUCGCAUCCCAUCUAUGCUGGCUGGGUUUGCUCCCCGUAUGCAUGGCAACAAACAACAUGAACGCAUCAUGAUGUUCUUCAAAAUGGCUGGUCGCUAUGUGCUGCCCCCAGGCCCUCGGGGAAAGGCGGUGAAGGGGUUUUUGUUUAUUUAAUUUUUUUUAUUCAAAGCUAUUCGGAGCUUUUGAUUCGUUGGAGUUGGGGGGGGGGGGGGAAUUAAGGGACAUCAAAUUUUCCAACCACACAUGGAUGUGGUUUUCAACAAAUUGGGCAUUCUUUGUGCAUCACACUCCUUACUUUGGAUCCCAUGUAUUAAGAUUUGGAAUCCAGUGUGGCCACAAACGUUUUUUUGUCUUAACACAGCCUUUUUUAUUUAAAAAAUCUUUACAUUUUUUGUAUGCAAUUGGUUUUUUUUUUGCAAAAUUACCAACGAAGAAUUGCCGUGAAUGCUGUAAGUAGCAAAUGCUGAACAUCCUCGCGCAAAGCGUUCGAAAGAGGCAUCUUGUUGCAGUUUGCUUUGGACAGUGGUAGUACGGACGAGGGGGUGUAAUUCUUCUCUCCUCAAUGGAGGAAUACAACAAACAACAACAAAAACAACAACGUAGUACAAGAAACGUUUCUCUAAUUUAGUGACUGCCAUCAUCGUGUAAAAAACAAGAAAAGAAACAGAUAAUCCUAAAGACACGAACAAAGACGACAAGCAGAGGUGAUGGCUGUUCCAUGGUGUCCUCCAAGGAUUUACAAAUUCUGCCGUUAGUAUCGUGAACGUUUUGGUAAGCUCUCGCCCUACGCUUGCCUGCACCAUGCGUAUGUGGGUUUGCUAUUGUGGGUGUGUAUAUUUGUAGCAGAUUUUUUUUUUUACAUUUUUGUACAUAUAACACUACACUACCGAUGCAAAACAGAAGUCUGUUGUUUUCCCAGCUUGUUGGGAAAGGGGGUGAUCGGGGAAUGAGGCGGUCUAUGUCAAUGAUUCCCUUUUUGAAGGGAGAAGCAAGUGUUAAAGUUGCAAUAAAUGUUUAUCUAAAGCCUCAAAAACUGAUAAUUGUUCAAUCAGAGUUUGCUGAAGCAUUUAUUAUACUUCGUCUUCUUUGUGUGCUUUUUACAUCAAACUACCACCACACCGGCACUGCGAUGGACAAUUCCACCUCCAUGAUCGACGUCCAAGGGAUUGCCUUGAAUGUAUCUUCCUGUGAUCUUACUGCCGCGGCUCUGCAAACGGAUAGUAACCUCUAAAUGUAUGCUUUACUCAUUUGCAAUAUAUAUAUAUGCGACCAGUUUUGGGGCUCGUGUGUGCAGUCGCCACCGAAGUCGAGUCAAAAAAACCCUCCCACUACAUCCUUAGUCCUAGUUAGUGCGGCAGGGGGGGCACAGAAUGAAGCAAGAUUCAAUAACUUUUUAACGAUCUGUGAUUUCGGGACAUAAUGAAGAAGCUCUGUACUUCUUCCUCGUGUCUGUCGCUAUUGCUAUUUAGCCAAUGUCUUGGAUUGUUUCUAGUCUUGUUAAAACUGGAAUUGCGUAUGUGCUGGUGGGUGCUGGGGAGGUACGAUUCUUAAACCUGUGGUGGAUUGUCAAUGCACAACGAAUGCAAUAAACGUAUACGUUCAUGUAACGCUAUGAAUUUUGGGUUCUAAGACCGCCGAGUUUGAAUUUUUCAAGAUAAUUGCUUCCUACAAUGUUCUCAACUUCUUAACUAUGUGCAUGAAGAAUAAGCAACGGUUAGAAAGAUAGGGAAAGAUUGGGCUGUUUCAUAAUAAAAGAAAAAGACAUUUCCUCUCUUCCCCAAAAGGCGAUUAUUAAAUUAUUAUGGACUUAAAAAAGGGGAAACAAGUUAGCGAAGAGUAGUAAUUUAGGCACCUGAUCGAACAGUUGUUGUGAUUUAAUAAUGCAAAUCAAACAAACUAGGAACCAAGCUGGUCAAGUUAGAGUAAACGUAACUCUUUGUAGGAAAAAAGAAGGAAAAGAAAACAAUCUAAAAGAAAAAUAAGAAUGGUAAUACAAUCGAAAACAAACACAGGGAUAUAUUGUUUAUUCUUUUUUGGUUGUUGUUGGUCUAAGGUGCGACUAAGUGUGAUACUGUCGCUUCCUUCACAAAACACACAUACACACACGCAAGGGAUAUGAUCAAUGGAGCGCUUAAUGAAAUAUAUUUGAAUGUGAUAAUAAAUAUUUUUAUAUAAAACCAACCAGGUACAAAUGUGAAGGCGAGAGAACAAGAGAUAGAGAGAGAGAGGCUUUUUAACAAAUGGCUGGAACACACUAUGGAUUAUAGAUGGAAAAAAGGGAAAAUAUUAACAAAACGAGACAACCUGCGAGAGUCGCUUUUAAGGCACGCACACAACUAAGCCCAUAAGUUAUUUGCUUUUUGUUGUUGUUGUAAGAAAACAAACCCAAAAGAGAUACAAACAAAGCGGAACAGAUAACAACAGGAAAAUCAAAUCACCAAAAUCACGCAACCACAAAACAAAGUUUCAGAUUCGUUUGAAGUAAUCCAUACACAUGCAGACGAGCGAAAACUGACACACAACUCGAGCAGAAAACACAAACAAAACAGUCAAAAACAAAGAAAACCACAACAAUUCUUCUCCACCAGGCAAAAUCACAAACUAAAUAUAAACAAACACGAUAAAGCAAGUAAUAAGCCACAGAACAAGUCAAUGGAAAGCAAACAACAAAACAACUUGAAAAAAACAAGAGUCCUCAUUCUGUUUGCAGGCUGGACUGCGGAAAGCUGCAGAUUGCUACAGGGUGAUAGCGUGAAAUGUGCUUAUGAUUUUGUUACGAAACGAAAAAGGGGACGAUCGAACGCGCGCGGGUGUCGUCGUCUCUCCAAUCUCAAUUGUGAUCUAAUGACAAAAACAAAACCAACAAGAUGUUGAAACGAUUUUAACUGACGGUUAUGUCCUUUUAAACGAUUCAAUUAACAGUCUAUAGCACGGAAGUUUUUCGGCUGCAAAAACAAAGAAAAGAGCGAAGAAAGAAGACAACAUUAGGCAAACGAUUAUGGAUAUGGCUCUUUUAGUCUAAGGUGUGUAUAAAAAGAGGUACUAUCACAUUCAUAGAUAUUAAUUACGACAGCAGAAAAUCUCACUCUAGAAAUCAUAUGCGUUGCGCGCGGGUAUAGAGGGUAGCAACAGUGGGUGAAGACAACCUGAAGUUUGAGAGCACUGUGCAAUAAUCUGUGUGUUGCAUUUGCUGUGCCAGGAGGAGGAGGAGGGCCAGUAUCGUACGAACUCGCAAAGCUUCACCAUCAGUUUGGUGUGGAUGAUCAUGAUGAUGGUAACACAAUUGAUAGUAUGUAAAAGGCCACAGAAAUACACAAAAAUCAUUACCACUCAUCCCUUAACAUCCCUUGGUGCCAAUGAGAAAAUAGAACGAUAAACGAAACACGUUCAAAUAAAAGUUUUUAAGCAAAACAAAAACUUUACAAAACAAAGGCUGUUGCAUGUGGAGCAAAACACGUCCGCCGGAGGUUUUGGAGGAGUAGUUUAAGACGUUUCUCUGUGAUUGCAGCCUUGUUCUCAUUCCUUUUUGUGCUAGGUGAAUAAGAUCGGCAAUUUCGAAAAUAAGAAAAUAGUUCCUUGUUUGUUCGGCGAACAAAAUCGCUUCAGAGCAAAUUGACGACCACACAGCAGCAACAGAAAGGCUGCAACGGGUGCAGAGAAACUGAAUUGGCUCCAUCUCAGAUCCAUCACUGAUCUCCAUAUGAUUGGCGAACCAAACGAAUCGUUAAAAAUCACUUGCCUCAAUCGAUAGUACUUUUUGCAAACAAUUGUUUCAAAAACUGAAUAUAGAACUGUGAAGUAGGUUUCUGUUUUCAAUACGAUUAUUGCACAAAAAUAAACCGAAGACGAAGUAGAAAGGCGGUAUACCCUAACGCCGUGCUUCUUCAAUACUCAGCUCUAUCUCGAGUGAGUUUGUGCCGAUUGCGUUCUCUCGGUUUCGUUAAUCUUUGCUGCGCUUUGCUUUUGCCGUUUUUAAACACUAACCUGUCGAGAAUACUUUAUGUAAGAAAAAGCAACAAACAGAACAAUACAGAAAUCAAUAAGACUACAAAACCAACGUACAAAUUAUAGGUAGUGUGUAGUGUUGCGGGGGCUGUGAAGAAGAACACUAUGCGCUGAAUGGGUCAUGUUUUACAUUACUCUGUCGCGAUAAUAUGCCAUAUUGUGUGUGGUGAGAAUUUACAGCGGUAAAGUGUGGCGACUGUGGCGAUACGUGGCUGCAAUACAUGAAGUGUGUGUAGUGUGCAAGAGAUAUGGCAUGAGAGCUGGAUUUGUGGAGGAUGUUUUUAGUACAUUUUUUGCAGAUACUGAUCGAAGAUUGGGUCCAACAUUUUAGUGACGAGUUUGAAGACUCGUGGGAGAUUGAGACCUACCAGUGUGUUACCAUCUAUCUUAUCAAUUUUGGACUCGACACAGGCUUUAGACUUUGACUCAAGUUAAGAUGUAAUUGAAUCUUUGGAAGAUCCUGGAAAAUACAGGCCUCAGAUUGCUAUUCUGAGUUCUCUAAAAUCUGAUAUCUGUAGUUGAAACUUUUCUGAGGACCAAGAUCAUUAUUGGAACACUCACGAAGUAGUUACAUGAAAUAUCUGAGGUUUCUGGGAUAACUUAAGGCCUCAGAGAGAUACAUUCAACGUGGCAAAAGAGCUGAUUGGAUAUCAUUUUGAGGAUCUUGUGUAAUGUACGACCUGAAUGUAAGAUCUGAUGUUUCUCAUUGUAGACUGCGGACUCAGGCCUGCUUUGGUAGACAUCUGUGUGCGUUUUGAUGUCUAAGAGCCGUCUUGAAACCUCAUUUCCCAAAUAUUCACCAGCCAGUUUGGAUAUCUUCACAACACACAGUGAACGUUUUAUGACGCUUUGGAGCAAAUCGUGUGUGUCCAAUUGUCAACUGCUACUGUACUGCAAGAGCUAAUGGGUAAGCCCCUUCUGUCAUACACCUAGGUGGUACGAUUUGCAUUUAGAUCUUGUUUGUGGUAUCCCACGUUUUCUUUUAUGUACCGUAGAUUGGUGCGUCUAGGCGCCGUUUUGAAAGUUUCCUGUGUCUGACCAGCGGCAGCCACAAGAGAUUGGAGAAUAUCUUGAUUUUUUGCUUCCACCUUGUGCCCAACACCAUCCGGCGUUGGACCAGAAUGUCCAGCAGUAGCAGCCUGUUUUUUUUUCUUUCAUUUCUUGUUUGCGCCUAAGCUGGCUGUUGUUCGGGCUCCGGCGAUCUCACGCGAUCGAACUUUAUGAUAGGCAAUUUUUUUUUAUCGCCCUCUCCGUCCAAACCACUUUGCGCGGGGCUCUGGAGGUUGUGGAUUUGGUUUGUAGAAGAAAACAAAAAAACGGAGAAGAAGGCGGAGAAAAACAACGUAGUGGUUUUUGCACCACACCGCAGCAACCGGUUCGCGAUCGCGAUGUGUUGUUGUUGUGGUUUUUGUGUAAGGCGAUGAGUGUGCUUCGUCAAACUCGUCGUCCCCGCUCUCUAUCUUCACCGCUUCGCUGCUUUGUUGAUGGUGUGCGGAGAGCGUUCCGUUUCUGUACGCAUUCGCAUCUUGGAAAGCCUGUUUUCUUUCUCGACUCUCCCUCAAAUCGGGCACGCAUCUUUGUUUUGCGAGCGCAGUAAGCAAUUGGGGGUUAAGGCGCGCUGCGCCGACAGUCUUGGGCAAGAUGUUGAGAUCAUUUGUGUCGGCCCACCGCAUCAAGACUAGGCGGUCGGUGGACACGGGUAGUGCGCGGGUGUUGCGAGCUUGCGAAUGCGUUCGAGCAACCGGUUUUUGGCCCCUCUGGUCGUGGUCGUGUUUGCGUUUUCUUUUACCGACAAUUCCCACCCGGAGGGGAGAGAGCAGAGAGCAUAUGUGGUUGCGCACGACACAGAAACAGGUUUUGAAGUCGUCCAGCAGCAGCGUGCGUCUUGCGAGCGUGUCUUGUUGCUCUGUCGUGUGCGGUUGUAAGGAUAACAGUGGGCUACUGUCGCCUUCUCGCGGUUGGCGAUGGACUUGGAAAUCAUUGCCUCAUAAACAGCCAGAGACAUAAAUUUUACGUCCUAUCCUUGCCGUUUAGUGAUGGACGGCACUAUACUACGAUUGCCGUUCAUUCAUGGUCCCGGGCUACGGUCAUCUGUGCUUAAAUACCCAUGUCUGGGCGUUUCAGUGCGUUUAUAUUCCACGUUAAAGGACAACUUUCGAUUGCACACAUCAUGCAUGAAUUGCAGCACAAACGAUAACGAAAACCUUCAACACGUCCACAGCCGCUACUCAUCAAAAGAUGCCGCCGUUAAAAGUCGAGUCGAAUAAUGUACAAAUUUUUAACGAAACGAAAACCACAACCGCAAACGCCCACACAUACCCAACACACCGAUACAAAGCAAAUGGCGCGCGAACCCUUACAAACAACUAAACGACUAACCUUAAAAACAAAGAAAGAUAUAAGAAGCUAAACAAACGAGUUAGACAGAAACAAAACAACAAAACGGUGCAAACAUUCAUAUAGAAAGAUGUAUAUUUUUUUAUACCAGUUAGAUAAGGAAAGUGAUAAACGAUCGGAACAACAAGAGCAAGCCGCCACAUAUUCACAAAACAAACGAAGAAGUGAAAAAAAACAGAGCAGCAAAAGCCAAUCCCAAAUGUGUUAACAAAAAGAUAGAGAAAAAGAGACAGCUGAAAAGGAAGGUGUGAAAAACACAAAACUCUAACAAAAUCGAUGCAACAAGAACUGUGAUUGUAAUACGAAACAGUGUAACGGGAGGAGAACAGCAUUGCAACUAAUGCACUUUACAAAACAACACCGCUGAUAACGUAAGAGAACGUUAAAACCACCAAAUUUUUGAAACUCUUGCUGACAAAUUAAAUCAGUAAAAGCGAGAGAGAGAAAGAGAGAAAGAGGGAGAACCUAAAAACUGUUGAGAUUAACGAGCUCUGAGGUUCCCUGCACGCAUUGUUGUUAAACUUUUAACCGGUUAACGAAAAACACAAUCAUUCGUAGCAGUUUACGCUGGUUUGCAAGGAGACACAACAACACGAUACGAGAAGGAGAGAUGGCAUGUGUUAUAUUUUUGCAAGUUUGUUAUUUAAAUUAUUAAUGAAGCAACAAUUGUACGAUUGAGGGGCUUAAGCAGAGAGCGAGAGCAACAUUUGAAUGGUGCAGAAUUUUAUGUAAAAACAAACGAACAAACGAUACAUUGAUCUAAACUGUUUACUAAAACGACAAAAAUGACAAAAUUUAUUGUGUAUGUAGCAGACGAAUUGCAAGUAUAAUUCUUCGAUUAUCAGAAGACAUAACAUCCCCGUCACCUCCUUCCCCCAAGUUAUCUAUGUGUACAGUUAUGUGUAUAGAAAUGUAAAAAAAACAACAAACAACAACAUUAGCAUAAAUAUACAUUCACAAAGUGAGGAAGUGUCCGAUAGGAGGUGGUGAAAAAGAUACACGAAAUCGCUAGAACGGCGAUCGAAUGAAAAAAAAACUGUGAAUGUUGUAAUGCAAGUAUAUUAGUUCAAUUUUGAACUGGGCAAAUUUUGGAGCCAAUUUAGAGCCACAGGCCCGCUUACGUGCGCGCGUAUAUAUGUAAAAUCACAAUCGAUAAUCACCAUCAGCACUCAGAUCAGCAGAAACAGGUCAUCUCAUUGUCAUUAUCACAGAUGAGACAAAUGGUUUGUGUACAUGAGUAUGUAAUAUGUUUGCAACAAGGAGCAGGAGACAACCGGCAAAAUUCUCUCACGUUUUCGUUGGGAUGAUUUAUGUUUGUAAAAAUGACCAAAUAAUAACAGCAGAAGCAACAAACGGGAAGGACUCAUAUAGUUAUUCGGGGAUGAUAAAUGCGUCCCCCAACUUACCCCACCACCACCAUGUAUCUCUACGAUGUCUUUUGCUAUCGAUAUAGAUGUAUCUGUUUGUUUGUUUUUUUACAAAACCUUGUUUUUUGUUUCGUUGAAGUAAUGUUAUAUUGGAAAGAUUAACUUAAAUCAACUAAAAGAAAUGACACUUAUCCUAACCUUCAUUUAUAUUUUGCGAAUAUGCGUGCCAGAAACGUGUUACAACAAGCCACGUGGAAGUGUGUGCGCGCGAACGCGUGUUAGCGUUUGCCCAAUUUGAAAUUGAUCUCGUAGAAUGAACUAAGACCAGAAACAUUCAGUAUUGUUUUGAAUUUUGUAGAAAAAGAAAACCCCAGAACGCGUGGUUAGAAAAAAAACAACUAUCGUUGGCUACAAAAUAAACAAAAAAAAGAAGAGAAGAAUAAAAAAACAAACACAUACAAAUGAAAACUAUAAAACAAAAACGAACGGCUGUUAAACAAAAACAAAACAAAACAAAACAAAACAAGGAAGAACUGAGUAAGCAAGUAAGGCGAGAAUUUGUACAAAUCAACACGAAACUAAUAACGAAUGCAAUGGACAAACACAGUACUACGUUUAAAACCUACACCAAGAGAAGAUUACAGACUCUUUGUCCACUCUACUAUUCACUUUCAGUUCAUCACCACCACGCCACACAAGCAAAAGUCUCACGUGUGUGUGUAAUUGAUCGAGCAUUUAUAUAUAUACGGAAAUGUAAUGUGUGUAGCGUUCUGUUCUGAGGAUACUUUGGAAAUGUUAAUAACAAUGUUUAUCUUUGUGUUUGGUGAGUUAAAAUUUGCUGCUAAAAUUGGAAAAUCAUGCAGAGAACAAUGAAAAAAGUAAAACUGAUAUAAAAUAUACCAAAUAAAUCAGAAAUUUUGAAGUGUUUGUUAAAGACACUUGAUCAGUCUGUUAUUUGCCGUUUUUGGCGAAUAAACUUUCACAAAAACCACAUGACAAACAAAGCGUAUUGUUGUACAGCACACACACACACUUAAUGUAUAUCCCGUAAUCCAUUUUCAAAAAAAGUUUACUUUUUUCGUUCGAUUGUUCAUGGUGUUACAAUCAAUCAAUCAUUCGUUUUCGAAAUCUAUUGCCACAAUUAUGCAUCAACUUUGUCAACCGAUCGCCGAGCGAUCGUCAUCGGUUGUUGGUGUAGUACAAAGGUGUUACGAGUACGAGGAGCAGAACGCAGAAACCCAGAUUGAUGAUAACAAGAUACUUUAAAGUGAAACAUUUUUUUUAUAAAUAGAGCAUCCUUGUACGCGUCAAAGUCUUUUUAAAUGUGAAAUUUAACCUUUCUAUCUACCCCGCCGUGUUGUACCUUAUCAUUGGCAAGCAAGAAGACAAAAAAAACAAUGCAUUUAGCGUAAACAAAAGGAACAAUUUUGAGCGGCGGGGAGAGGUAAACAUACCACACGCACACAUACCACGUUGUCCAAAAGUUGAAAAACAUGAAAACACAAACAUUGACAAAUGAAAAUGGAAUCAAACAAAUGAAAUGAAAGAUAUGUACCAAGAUAGAGCGUGGAAGCAAAAGAAAACAAAAAAGUAACAAAAACUUAUUCUUAUAUCGAUGUUAAAUAAUGUAAAACCUAACCUAUCCAAAACAAAACAAAAACAUGGCAACCGAACAUGAAAACGAAUCGAAUUUGAUGUGUAAAAUGUUUGCAAGAACAGCGAAUAGUGCAUGUAAAUUUAUCCGUUUCUUUCCAUUGCAAUCUUAACUCACUCAACAAUUAAACACACCCAUACAAACAAAAAUUGUAGAGUUUUCUUAUCCGAUGUAUAAAACAUAACUGUAAUCGAUUUGAAAAGCAUUGAUAAGAAUUUGUACGAAAUACCCCAAAAAUCAAAAGGAUGGAAAAAAAACUCCAUCGCUUAUUAUCCAUACACGAGACAGUGAAUCGAUUGAAAAAGAAAAUCUCCUUACUUGAAAGUGUCGUAGUACGCCAAACAAUGUUUGCGGUAUGAUGAUAAUGAAGAUGAUGAUGUUAACGAUGAUGCACCAACAUACGAUGAUAAACCCAUAGCACACUGCAACCCAGACAAACAUUUCAUACACCAUCUACUUUUACCACCCAUUCCUAGUACCAGUGAUAGUGGAAAGAGGAAAGAAGGGAGGAGUGAACGUAAGAGAGAGAGAGAAAGAGAGAGAGAGAGAAAGGCGAUAUAUUCUUCAAAAUGUUUGUAAAUAACAAUGUGGUGUGUGUCUCCCUUUAAGGGUGGGAAAGAUAGCUGGGCCAGGGACAGCAUAAUACAUAAAUCGAAGUCGUUGAUUAUUGUGACAAGAUUGAAAAGAAAAACAGAAAAAAACAUACUGACAAAAUAAUAAAAAAAAGAAACUACGAAAAAGAAUCACAACAUAGAAAAACAUGACGAUUAAAAUGGAAAAAGAUAAUUUGGAAACAAAGGACGCUAUAACGUUUGUUGGUAAUGCUAAAAUUUAAUUUAAUAUGACCAAUGGUAAAAGUCGUAUUUUUUUCUUUUUUUUUUGCAAUAAGAUCUGCAUAAACGUGUCAUAAAUGCGCCAGUCAAUGUGUUAUAUGCGCUUUGUUUGAGCGACCGUUCAUAACCGAACGAAAGAACGACUUUCUUGAUCGCGCUUGCUAAGAAUAAAAUAAAAACGUUCCUAAAGUACAAGCCACGCACCAUACUGCGGCAACAAGCAGAAGUUGAAAAGCAACCAACAUCAUACACAACUACAAGCGAUGCAUACGGAAAGAAAGCGCAUCUGCUACUACUGCAAAAAUUAUACUGUAACACGCGCUAAUGGUGUUCAAGAUCGACUAUCGACACCUCGUUUCGCGCUGGUUGGUAGAACAGCGAGGAAGAAAUUGAUUUUUUGUGUCAAUGAAAGUUUAAGCAAAGACUUUAUUUCUUUAAGAAACACACAUACACAAUGCAAAAAAAAGAACAAAAAAGAAACAACACAAAAACACGACCCCUCCUGCAAAUGGGAUUGGUAAACAUCAUUAUACGUUGGAAUUAAUUUGCUCUUAUUUUACUAGAUUUACUAGUUUUCUUAUUUUUUAAUUAAUAAACGAAGGAGGAGAAGAAGAAAAACAACACGACUAUAUGCAAACCAGAAAACGGAAAGCAAAAGAAAAACACAAAAAAAAGAAACAAAUGCAAAACUAAAUGAUGAAAAUAUACAAAUAUAUAUAUAUUACAUGAUAAAUACGCGAUGGAAAAUAAAAGGGAGAAAAAGCAGACAAAAAAAAAUUACAAAAAACAUAACUAAAACACCCACAAUCCUAUUCUCCCUCAUCAUCAUCCAUCCCCUUCCCAUUUCCUAAAUAUUGAACAUAAGCAUAUAAAUAAAUAUAAAUAUAUAUAUAUAUAUAUAUAUUAAAAUGAUUAUGAGCAUGAUGAUAAUAUUUGCAAGAAGAGGAAGAAAAGAAAACGAAAUAAAAAAAAAUAACAGCAACUAAUUGUACAGAGAUUACGGCGAUAACUGAUGAUGAUAAUGAUAAACUGACGAAGAAGAAGAAUAUGACGAUGAUGAUAAUGAUAAUGAUGAUGCUAAUGAAAAUACACAGCAUGCUGGAAAAAUACAAUUGAAAGUAAUUAAAACCGUAUAUUAUACAUAGAAAUAAUAAAACUCAGCAUACAUUUGAUGAAAAAAUUAAA